UUUCUCAGGUGCUAUAUGACGUCAUAAGUGAGUGUAACCGUGUCACAGCCGGACAGUGUGGAUGUGUUUUAGAAGUUCCGGAGCAUUUAUGAUGAAAAUAACUGCUCCUUUAAGAUAAAACAAACAGAGACGCUGCUGGCUGGAAGAAACAGGACGGCCGUGUCCGUGCCAAGGAGAAGGCGUAGACUUCCUCCAAACAUUUCCUCCGCCAUCUCCGCUUUCGAGACUCAAAGUUUUGUGGAAUCUCUGUAACAAGAGGAGUAUCUGGGUUUUCCUCCUCCACCACCACCUGGUUGUUUCUUUCUUUUAAGAAGGAUUCCUGCUUUCCCUUAAACAACUCAACUUUUCUGCAGACAUGGACUGGGGAACAGAUCUGUGGGACCAGUAUGAUCACAUUGACAAGCACACGCAGUCAGGCCUCGACCUGGUGGAGCGUUACAUAAAGUUUGUGAAGGAGCGGACGGAGAUAGAGCAGAGCUACGCCAAACAACUCAGGAGUCUAUCAAAGAAAUAUGCCAAACGAGGGAGCAAAGAAGAGCAAGACUGCAAAUUCAGCAACCACGCAUCAUUCCAGGAGAUCCUGAAUGAGCUGAACGAUUACGCCGGCCAGCGGGAGCUCAUUGCUGAAAACAUGAUGACCGGCAUCUGUGUGGAACUCACCAAGUACCUUCAGGAUCUCAAACAGGAACGCAAAACACACCUGUCUGAUGCCAAGAAAGCCCAGCAGAAUUUAGAGAGCAGUUUUAAACAACUAGAAAGUACUAAGAAGCGCUUUGCCAAGGAGUGGGCGGAGGCUGAAAAAGCCACACAACAAGCAGAAAAAACAGAGAACGACCUCAAUGCCACCAAGCUCGAUGUCGAGAAAGCCAAGCAUCAUGCCCUUUCCCGUACACACACAGCGGAGGAGUGCAGGAGCGACUAUGCUGCACAGCUCCAGAAAUACAACAAGGAACAGAACUUCUUCUACUACACAGAGAUACCGCAGAUCUUCAAUAAAAUGCAGGACAUGGAUGAGCGGAGGAUUCGGCGACUGGCCGAAGGCUACUGUCAGUUUUCAGACAUCGAGAAGAAGGUGCUGCCCAUCAUCUCCAAAUGUUUAGAGGGAAUCUCUUCAGCAGGGGUGAAAAUCAAUGAGAAACAGGACUCGAUACUGUUCAUAGAGCAGCACAAGUCUGGUUUUGAGCGACCUACAGAUGUGGAGUUUGAAGACUACAGCCAAGGAAUCAAACCAGCAACCUCUGACUCCAGCCUCAACCCCCCAAAAGUGCGCGCCAAGCUCUGGCCUUUCAGCAAGAAGCACAAGAUAUCGCAUGCUGAAAAGCAAAUGCUGCCUCCUGCAGAAGAUUUCUCUCACCUUCCUCCGGAGCAGAGGAAGAAGAGACUGCAGGGGAAGAUUGACGACAUCACCAAAGAGCUGCAGAAGGCACAGGACCAAAGUGAAGCACUGGAGAAGAUGAAGGGUGUGUAUGAGCAGAAUCCGCAGAUGGGUGACCCCAACAGUCUGGAGCCUCAGAUCACAGAAACUGCCCAGAACAUUGGUCGCCUGAGGGGGGAGCUCACCAAAUAUGAGACGUGGCUGUCAGAAGCGGUGGGAGGAGAAGAAUCUUCCAACGCCAUCAACAAUAAUACUCAACAUGGUGUUGUAGCAGCCGACCAGUCUCAGAACAUCUACACAGAGUUUGAAGACGAGUUUGACGACGUAGAAACUCCUGUUGGCCAGUGCACGGCUCUGUACACCUUUGAAGGCAACAGUGAGGGCACCAUUUCCAUUUCAGAGGGAGAGCUGCUGAGUGUAAUGGAGGAGGAUAAGGGAGAUGGAUGGAUGAGAGUCCUUAGAGCCAGUGGAGAAGAGGGCUAUAUACCUUCAUCCUAUGUCAAACUUGCCCCGUAACACUCACUCACACACACACACACAC